GCUUGCUCGGCUGGCUGGGGGAUGGUUGGCUGGCUGGUGGUGGGCUGCAGCAGCUGGUGGUCGGGUCGCCCGCUUCGCUCUUUCGUGCGCGCUUGCUUGCUUGCUCGCUCGCUCGCUCGCUCGCGCUACCUCUCUAACCGCGUACAAUCUAAUCUUCUAGCAGCCGCUCUUAACGUCGCAGGCAGGCACAGCAGGCAGGCAGGCACAGGCACAGCAGGCAGGCAGGCGGGGCGGGCGAGCGCGGAGGGGCGACGGGCACUGGGGCGUCGUCGUCGUCGUCGUUGCGGCGUUGGUUGUCUGAGUGCUCUGUUCCAUGAACGCGAGCCAGCAAUUCGCCAGGCAGGCAGUGGCUGGCUGGCUCGGAGCGAGGCAGGCAGGCAGCAGCAGCAGCCGCGGGGCAGCAGCAGCGAGCACCGGCAGGCGGAGGCUUGAGUGAAGAGAAGUGAGCGAGUGAGUGAGCGAGCGAGCGAGCGUCGCAAGCAAGCGAAGCCCAUCAGCACAACACAGCGCACAACUGAACCGCAGCAGCAGCAGCAGCACAGCCGCAGCUGCAGCGCAGAUCAUCUUUUCUUUCUCUCUCUCUCUCUCUCUCUCUCUUCCUCUCUUCCCUUCCCCUUCCCCCCUCCCCCUGUCCGUGCUUCCGCCCUUCGAUUCACGCAUUCAUUCUUCGCGAGUCGCCCACUCUUUCAAAGCUAAUCCACUCAACUUCAAAGCGCGCAGGCAUCAUUCGAUUCUAUCUGUUUGAUACUCACGCUCCCCCUCGCUCCCUCCUCUUCUUUCUGCUUUUCCCCUUUUCCGCUCUUCUCUCUCUCCUACUGUCUUUCCCCCCAUCUGGCGCUUUCUCUCUCCUCUGUCUCUCUGUGUCAUCCUUCUCUCUCUCUCACUCUCUCUCUCUCUUCCGUGCGUGGAAAGGUCGCGAGUCAAUUCGGCUGAGCUAGCGCACUGUCCUUCUACCACCACCACCACCACCACCACUACUCCUCCUCUUACCACUUGUUCGCCUUCUUCUUCUUCUUUCCUCGCUGCCCGCCCACCAUCUUCCCCGCUUCUCGCUCGCCUUCAGUGUCAGCUGUACCACUCUCAUCCCCUCUCUCUCUCUCUCUCCCUCUCUCCCUCCCUUGCCCCCUCGCAGCCCCACCCCCAGCCCCAGCCCCUCUCUCUCUCUCUCUCUCUCUCUCUCCUAUUCCUUCGUGCCCACUCCUCUCGCUCGCUCGCAUUCGCCGCUGCCACGUUAAUCCGCGGAAGCGGCCGUCGCUUAUCUACUUCCCUAUCCACUGCUGCUGCUGCUGCUGCGCGGGGCGAAUUCCCGCGGGGAUCAAAUCCCAAAUUUUGCUGCUCUCGUUUCUCUGCGAGGGGCUGUGUGCCCUGAUCGCGUGCCCCAUCCAUUCUCUCGCUCGCCCGUGUCUCGACGGGGGAAGCACCGAGCACCGAGCGGAGUCGGAGUGCUCCGCCGUGGGCAGGGAGGCAGGCAGGAGCGAGCGAGUGAACGAGCAGGUGGUAGAUUUUAGGCGCUCCCCGGAGUUCGAGAUUCCUCGCUUUUGCGGUAGGUGAGGUGAGGUGAGGUGAGGUGACCUGGACGACGGCGGAUUCGGAUAGCGUCGAGUUGUUGACGUGCGCCAGACGAAGAGAAGAGCAGCAGGUGGUUUUGUGACAGCUCUUUCGCAGAAAAGAUUGGCAGGGGAGGGAGGAAACACCCGACGACGUAGGAAUGGAGCGCAUCUGAUUUCCCGAGGAUGGAAUUCCGCACUCUCGCUUUUGACCUCGUAGAGUGGAAUUGCGGACAUUGACGUGCAGCCCUCCUGGGACUGCCUAGCGCCGCGUUCGUGGAUGGGCUUGAGCUGAGAAGCUCGGGGGCAAGGCCAGGCAAGGAAAGGUAAGGCAAGGCAAGGCGAAGCAGGUUUUGCGAGCGGAGAGCAGGAGGACGAGGACGAGCGGGAGAAGGAGCGAGAGCGCGGUAGAAAGAGAGAGAGAGAGGGAGGGAAAAUUGUGAGCGAGGAGUGGGAGCCCCGAGGGGAGAGGGAGUUCUCGAUGACGUGAGGCAGGGCGAGGAGCGAAUCAAUGUUGCAAAUCAGUCCGCAUCCCAAGUUGAAACUACCAGCAAUUGGAACGGAAGACGAAAGUAGGGGCGAAGAUGGUGUCAAGAUCGUACGCAAAUUUGUUAGAUCUCUCGGCGGGGGACAUGGGCGUCGCUCCGCGCAGCAGCAGGCGCCUGCCCAGAGUGAUGACGGUGGCCGGCAUUGUCUCGGCGGAAGGCCGGGACGACGAUAACAGCAACAGCGUCACGUCCGAGGCGCCGUCGUCGCUCUCGACCGAGCGCAUAAUUAUCGUGGCGCACAUGCUGCCGCUCCUGGCCCAGAGGAAGGCGGACGACACCGGCUGGACCUUCAGCUGGGACGAGGACUCGCUGGUGCUGCAGCUCAAGGAUGGGCUGCCCGAGGACAUGGAGGUAAUUUACAUCGGGUGCCUGAAAGUGGAGGUGGAGCCGAGCGAGCAGGACGAGGUGGCCAGCGCGCUGCUCGAGACCUUCAAUUGCGUGCCGGCCUUCCUGCCCGCCCACGUGCAAGUCAAUUUCUACCACGGCUUCUGCAAGCAGCUGCUCUGGCCGCUCUUCCACUACAUGCUGCCGCUGGCGCCCGAUCACGGCGGCCGCUUCGAUCGCUCGCUCUGGCAGGCGUACGUGAGCGCCAACAAAUUGUUCGCCGACAAGGUGAUGGAGGUGAUCAGCCCCGAGGACGAUUUCGUCUGGGUGCACGACUACCACCUGCUCGUGCUGCCCACCUUCCUGCGCCGGCGCUUCAACAAAAUCAAGCUCGGAUUCUUCCUGCACAGCCCCUUCCCGUCCUCGGAGAUUUACCGCACUCUCCCCGUGCGCGACGAAAUCCUCCGCGCCCUGCUCAACGCGGAUCUGGUCGGAUUCCACACCUUCGACUACGCGCGCCACUUCCUCUCGUGCUGCAGCCGCAUGCUCGGCCUCGUGUACGAGUCGCGCCGUGGCUACAUGGGGUUGGAGUACUACGGGCGCACUGUGGGCAUCAAGAUCAUGCCCGUGGGCAUCCACAUGGGCCAGCUGAACACGAGGUUGAAGCGCCACGACACCGAGUGGCGAAUAGGCGAGCUGCGGGCCGAGUAUGCGGGCAAGACGGUGCUGCUCGGCGUGGACGACAUGGACAUUUUCAAGGGCAUCGGGCUGAAGCUGCUGGCGAUGGAGCAGCUGCUCAAGCAGCACCCGCAGCGCAGGGGCAAGGUGGUGCUGGUGCAAAUCGUCAAGCCCGCCCGGGGCCGGGGCAAGGACGUGCUGGAAAUUCAGAACGAGGCCAGCACCAUCGCCAGGCGAAUCAACCGCGAGUUCGGGUGGGAGGGCUACCAGCCCGUGGUGCUGCUCGAGCGGUCGGUCCCGCUGUACGAGCGCCUGGCCUUCUACGCUAUCGCCGAGUGCUGCGUAGUCACGGCGGUGCGCGACGGCAUGAAUCUGCACCCGUACGAGUACAUUGUGGCGAGGCAGGGCUGCGUCGCGGCCGAGCCUGCCAAUGGCGCUAGCGCCGAGACCGCCCGCCAGAGCAUGCUGGUGGUGUCGGAGUUCAUUGGGUGCUCGCCCUCGCUGAGCGGCGCCAUUCGGGUCAACCCCUGGAACAUCGAAACGAUGGCGGAUGCCUUGAACACAGCGAUCACGAUGCCUACGGCCGAGAAGCACAUGCGGCACGAGAAGCACUUCAAGUACGUGAGCACGCACGAUGUCGCAUACUGGGCUCAGAGUUUCAUGGGGGACCUCGAGCGCACCUGCCGAGACCACCAGCGGCGGCGAUCCUACGGCAUCGGAUUCGGAUUGAGCUUCAAGGUCGUGGCCCUGGACCCCAACUUCCGCAAGCUCCUCACCGAGCACAUUGUGUCCGCCUACGGCCGCAGCCAGAAGAGGGCCAUUCUGCUGGAUUACGACGGCACCAUGAUCACGCAGACAUCUCACAACAAGACCCCGAAUCAAGACGUGAUCACCCUUCUGAACACGCUCUGCAACGACCCCAAGAAUUCCGUUUUCAUCGUCAGCGGCCGAGGCCGCAAAACCCUUUCGGAUUGGUUCUCUCCGUGCGAGCGACUGGGAAUUGCUGCCGAGCACGGCUACUACUACAGGUGGAGAAAGGACGAGGAGUGGACCACCUGUGUGUCGGUACAGGAUUUUGAGUGGAAGGAAGUCGCCGCUCCGGUGAUGAACUUGUACACCGAGAGCACAGAUGGCUCUAUAAUCGAAGAAAAGGAAAGCGCUAUAGUGUGGCAUUAUCGAGAUGCAGAUCCGGACUUCGGAUCGUGGCAAGCGAAGGAGCUACUGGACCAUCUCGAGAGCGUGUUAGCUAACGAGCCUGUCGCUGUAAAAAGUGGUCAACACAUUGUGGAAGUCAAACCGCAGGGUGUGAGCAAAGGUGUUAUUGUGGAGAAGCUGCUUUCUAUGAUGGCAGAACGAGGAUCACCUCCCGAUUUUGUUUUAUGCGUUGGAGACGAUAGGUCGGAUGAAGACAUGUUCGAAAGCAUUGCGACGACCAUGUCACUCCCUCCGCAGUCCUCGAUGGCGGAAGUUUUUGCGUGCACCGUAGGACAGAAGCCCAGCAAGGCGAAAUACUACCUGGAUGACACAUCGAAUGUCCUAAAUAUGUUGCAAGGUUUAGCUAUAGCGUCUGAUCCGGGAUCAGCGACUGCGCUGAGUGCUUAUUCAACUCACACUUCUCAAGCUACAUUGGAAAUGUCCCUCCUACAUAUUUAAGCAACCUGAAGAAGUUGUUCUUCGUCGCUUUUGGUGGAAUGCUCUAGUCAGCUUAUUGUGAAAUAAUUACAGGACUAUGAAAGUACCCAAAGCUAUGUCACAUUUUUAAGGUGGAUGGUUGUGAAUCAAUGCUCGUACUCUGAUUUAGAUGUGACUUCUUCACCGUCAAAACAGGUUCAAUGGCGGAAAUUACUAGGGUAUGUGAGCAGUGUUUGUUUCUUUUCAUAGUUCAUCCAUACAUCAUUCUUUUCAGCACUCAUAAGAGAAAUCAAGGUAGUAGUUGGCAGGUCCGUUGGGGAAACAUGACUUCAAUGGUGUGGAGAGUAGGGUUCCACUUUAUUGCUAGACCCUAGUGGGCAGGUCUGUCUGACCACACAUGUACAUGCUGUGCUGUAAUGAUUGUCGAAGUAGGCCACAAGUCUUGUCAUAGAAUUGCACUAAGUGCAGAGACCAGGCUGCUGGCUGAUCCCAUUUUUGAUGACUUUUGUAGCGUGCUUAUGCAAAGCAACAAGGUAGUUAGCGUUAGGUAGGGCCAGUUUAGCAUUGUAGGGUGAUGGAUGUAAUGAUGGGUUCUCAGAACGGCCACCAAUGGUAUGUACGAGUCUCUUCUCCCUUCAGCUGAAGAAUCAAAUUUUGAGGGUGUUGAGUCCCAAGACACUAUAGAGCUACGUUUUAGGUAGUGCACAUACUUGUUUGUAACUAAAUUGAACACAGGUGUGAAAAUUCACGUGCUGAUUGGAACUG